AGUACAAGCAUUUCCUUUUUAGAAAAAUCAUUUAUUGAACUACAAUUUGUUCUACGAGUAACACUCAAAAAAUUAAGAAAAUGGAAGAUAACCGUGCCCCAGAAACCUACGAUGGACCCGCUGGAAUGGAAGUUGGAGGAAUCAUCGAAUCUAAUUGGGAUGAAGUUGUUGACAAUUUUGAUAACAUGAACUUGAAGGAAAAACUUCUUCGUGGAAUUUACGCUUAUGGUUUUGAAAAACCAUCGGCUAUUCAACAAAGAGCCAUCAUUCCAUGCAUUCGUGGAAGAGAUGUAAUCGCCCAAGCCCAAUCAGGAACUGGUAAAACGGCUACUUUUUCAAUUGCUAUUCUUCAAACAAUCGACACUGAUGUUCGCGGUUGUCAAGCAUUAGUCCUGGCUCCAACUCGUGAGUUGGCUACUCAAAUUCAAAAAGUUGUUGUUGCUUUGGGAGACUUUAUGAAUGCUCAAUCUCAUGCUUGCAUUGGAGGAACCAACGUUCGUGAAGACAUGAGGAAUCUCGAACAAGGAGUUCAUGUUGUCGUCGGAACUCCAGGACGUGUCCAAGAUAUGAUUCAAAGGAAAUUCCUUCGUACAGCUGACAUCAAAUUGUUCGUCUUGGAUGAAGCCGAUGAGAUGUUAUCUCGUGGAUUCAAAGAUCAAAUUCAAGAAGUUUUUAAGAAGCUUCCAAAUGAUGUCCAAGUGAUUUUACUUUCGGCCACAAUGCCUCCAGAAGUUUUGGAAGUCAGCAAAUACUUUAUGCGCGAUCCAGUUAAAAUUCUUGUCAAGAAGGAAGAAUUGACAUUGGAGGGUAUCAGACAAUUUUAUGUGAACGUUAAACAAGAACAAUGGAAAUUGGGAACACUUUGCGAUUUGUAUGACACAUUAAGUAUAACUCAAGCAGUUAUCUUCUGUAACACUCGCCGUAAGGUAGAUCAAUUGACUGAGGAAAUGACUGCUAAAAACUUUACUGUCUCUGCUAUGCAUGGUGAAAUGGAUCAACGUGAAAGAGAUAUGAUCAUGAAACAAUUCCGUAGUGGGUCAUCUCGUGUUCUCAUUACUACUGAUUUGCUUGCUCGUGGUAUUGAUGUCCAACAAGUCUCUUUGGUUAUAAAUUAUGAUUUGCCUAGCAUUAGAGAAAACUAUAUUCACAGAAUUGGACGUGGUGGUCGUUUCGGACGUAAAGGUGUUGCUAUUAAUUUCAUUACUGAUGCUGAUCGUCGCGCUCUUCAAGAACUUGAACAACAUUAUCAUACUACAAUUGAAGAAAUGCCGUGUAAUGUCGCAGAUUUGAUUUAAAUACACUAUUGGAUAUUGAAAGAUAAAGAAGAUAAACACAAACUUUCAAACAAGAAAAAAUAAUAACAAGAAGAAAAAAAACAAUUUAUAACUUUACAAUCCAAAACAUAAUAAUAUUACAGAUCAGAGGAAAAGUCAACAACCAGCUCACUUUUAUUUUCUUUCUCUCGCGAGUCUAACAAAAGGUUAAAAAUUUGUAAUAUAUUUUGUAUUCUCCUUAUUUUUUUUUUGUUAUUUCCCUGGAGUGAGUAGGAACAAAACAGAAAAAAAGGAAAGACCAUAAAAAAACACCGAAAUUAGAAAAUACAGAAAAUUACAUUUUAAAUCAAUCAUAUUUUGCAUGGAAGGAGAAUUUUUCUUAGUGCUUCAAAUUAACAAACUUUUAUAUUAUUCCUUAAACUCUGUCUUGGAUUGUACUUUUUUAUUGUAUGGUUUCUAUUUGAUUUUUGAUUAGUUAAUUUAUUUUUAAAUAUUUGCGCGACAAGAAAUAAGUUUGAUAAAGUUGAAUUAUUCAAAACGAAUAAAAUUUUAAAACUUAUAAUUAUUAAUGAAAACAAUAAGGAUCACCGAACUUUUUGGAUAAAUGAUACAAGAAAGACGACAUUUCAAGAUAAAAAAUAAAAUUAAAUGGAAUUUUAUUUUUUCAUUUUACUAUUUUUUC